AGCCAGAAGAAAGGCUAGCUAGACUCGAGAUUGGUAAAGCCGCCAAUUGACCAGAGGUAUAUACAUAUAGAGCUUGCCAAUGUGAGGAAUCAAGGACCGGAUGGCCACCUCUGGCCUUCAGAAGCAACGACCAUCCACCUCUUAGAGAUACCCUCAACUCUCGAAACCCCAAAGCCUAAGCUCGAUUCCCAGCAUGACCGUCCCCGUUCUCAGCCACGACUCCAGCCGUUCUCGCAUGAAAAUUGCCGUCUUCGGUAUCGGUCGAAUGGGUAAACGGCACGCACGUAACGUUGCGUACUUUACUCCUGAUGCAGAACUCGUCGCCGUUUGCGAUGUGAAUCCCUCGGCAUCCAAGUGGGUCAAAGACAAUCUGCCGGCUGGUAUUCAAUGCUACACGGAGCCGAGCGCCUGUUUCGAUCAUGCGGGUCUGCAGGGAGUGGUCAUUGCGACCGAGACAUCGACUCACGUUGGUCUGGCGGUCCAAGCCGUUCAGUCAGGUAUCCACGUGCUUUGCGAAAAGCCCAUAUCCGUCGAUGUGAAUCUUUCCAAGCCGCUUGUUGCGGCCGCGAAGGCCAAUCCCCAUGUCAAGGUCAUGAUUGGAUUCUCUCGUCGAUUUGACGAAUCCUACCGCGAAGCGAAAAGCAGGAUCGACCAAGGUCUGCUCGGAGUGCCUCAUAUGAUCAAGUCUGCUACUUGUGAUCAGUACGAUCCUUCCGGGUUCUUCGUGGCCUAUUCCAAGGCCUCCGGGGGCAUCUUCAUCGACUGCGGUAUCCAUGACAUCGACAUGGCCCGCUGGCUACUAUCGACUCCCGGUUCAGAUUGUGCGGUCAAGCGUGUAUUCGCGACUGGACAGAACGUUCGACAUCCCGAGCUGGAAAAGGACGGAGAUGCGGAUAAUGCGCUCGCAAUUAUCGACUUCAGGGGAGGACAGAGGGUCACGUUUCAUCUGAGCAGGACGGCUAUACACGGACACGAUUGUUUCGCCGAGAUUUUUGGGACUGAGGGCAAAAUGAUCGUCAACGGGAACCCACAGAUCAAUCGGCUGGAAAUCAGGGACGCUCAUGGAGUACGAACCGAGUCCACCCCGACCUACUACGAACGCUUUCGUGAAGCGUUUGUGACGGAGAUGAACGAGUUUGUUGCGUGUUGCCGGAACGACCUACCUGUGCCGACGACGGUCGACGACGCGAUGCAAGCCGCUCAGAUUGCCGUAGCCCUGACAUGGUCUUUCAGAGAAGGAAAGGUUGUCGAGUUUGAUGAGCAGAGCGGGGAGCCAAUCUUGGUCUGAUCACAAUGUCAAGGUUAUGAUACAAUUUGGGACGGCCAAGUACUUUCCAUUGUCGAACAUGUCAUUGAAGCGUGAUAGAUGCC